AUGGAUACUAUAAGAUUAAAUUCCACUCGUUGUGCGAAAAUUGUUGCUGGUACCCAACUUGAUUCUGACAUAACUGCAGGUCAAGUACCGCAAUUUGUCUAUUAUGUACCAAAUCAAAAAAAUGAUGGUCAUGACACUGGCGUAGCAUUUGCAAACAAUUGGUUACAAAAUUGGCUUGAACCAAAGCUUACGCAACCAGCAUUCACAAACAAUACAUUAAUCUUUAUCACUUUUGAUGAAGAUGACGGUACUGAAGGCAAUCACAUUUAUAGCGCUCUUGUUGGUUCUCCUGUUGUUCCUCCUACAAAUCAUAAUGACAAUACCGCUUGCACUCAUUAUUCAUACCUGGCUACAAAGUUAAAUUUUACAUCACUUCAGAUGUUAGAUUUAGAAAUAAAUAGAAACUAA